UAUUCUGCUGUAUCCUCUCCACCACCACCUCGGUCUGGGAUUGUAUAUUUCUACUUCCUCGCAACGACGACGCAAUGUCGAUCCUGGGGGAACCCUGGACAAAAACUCCGGAGGAGAUCUUCCAGCACUUCUCCGUUGACUCAACACGUGGACUUACCUCCGACCUCGCUGCAAAACAUGCUGAGCUGUAUGGAAAGAAUGAACUGCCGGAAGACCCGCCGACUCCACUGUGGGAACUCAUCCUCGAGCAGUUCAAGGACCAGCUAGUCCUCAUACUACUCGCUUCUGCGGUCAUAUCCUUCGUGCUUGCACUGUUGGAAGACAACUCAGGUGCAAGUUGGUGGAGCGCAUUUGUAGAGCCCUUGGUCAUUCUCCUCAUUCUGGUCGCGAAUGCUGCUGUCGGUGUCAUUCAAGAAACUAGCGCGGAGAAGGCAAUAGACGCUUUGAAGGAAUACUCCCCAGACGAGGCCAAAGUUCUGCGCAAUGGCCAAAUCGCUCGUAUUCACGCUUCAGAACUGGUCCCUGGAGAUAUUAUUACUGUCUCGGUAGGAGACAAGAUCCCAGCCGACUGCAGGAUCGUUUCCGUCUCGUCGAGCAGCUUCCGAAUUGACCAAGCUAUCCUCACCGGCGAGAGUAUCAGUGUGCACAAGUCCGUCAACGUCGUACAAGACUUGAAGGCGGUUAAGCAGGAUAUGACGAACAUGCUCUUCUCUGGAACUAGCGUUGUCAACGGUAGUGCGCGCGCGAUUGUGAUCUUCACUGGUGAACGCACCGCCAUUGGUGAUAUUCACAAGUCCAUUACCUCCCAAAUCAGCGAGAAGACUCCACUCAAGCGGAAGCUCGACGACUUUGGUGACAUGCUCGCUAAGGUCAUCACCGUCAUCUGUGUCUUAGUCUGGCUUGUCAACAUUCGACACUUCUGGGACCCUGCGCAUCACGGAGCCCUCAAGGGCGCUAUAUACUACUUCAAGAUUGCCGUUGCGCUCGCUGUUGCUGCCAUUCCCGAGGGUCUGGCCGCAGUCAUCACUGCAUGUUUGGCUUUGGGUACGAAGAAGAUGGCGCAGAAGAACGCGAUUGUCAGGAACCUCCCGAGUGUAGAGACCCUGGGUUGCACCAACGUGAUCUGCUCGGACAAGACUGGAACGCUCACUACCAACCAGAUGAGCGUUUCGAAGUUCUUCACCGUCGACCCUUCUGGUGUCCCCAAGGAGUACCUUGUUGAAGGCACCACCUUCUCGCCUAUUGGGUCGGUCAGGUCUGCUGAUGGCAAAGACGCCUCUGCUGAACUUCGUUCAGAGCCGCUCUUGCGCUUGGCUGAGAUUAGCUCUAUCUGCAACGACUCUCGUAUCGUGUAUCAUGCGGAUAAGGGCAUGUAUUCUAAUGUUGGCGAACCGACGGAGGCGGCUCUCAAAGUCCUUGCGGAGAAGCUCCCAUGUCCUGAUCCUGAACUUGCCAAGACGUUAUCUACUCUUGCCCCGGCCGUCCGUGCCAAUGCCGUCAACGAGCAUUACGAACGUACACUCCCAAGACUGAUGACCUUUGAAUUUUCUCGUGACCGCAAGAUGAUGUCUGUUCUCAUCCGCCGUAACGGUAUCGGAGCUUUGUUUGCUAAGGGUGCCCCCGAGUCUGUCCUCGAACGCUGCAACUCUGUCUUGGUCGAUGGUUCUACCAUCCCGCUCUCCGCGGAGCUCCGCUCGGCUCUCCUUCAAAAAACUCUGGCAUACGGUUCGCAAGGCCUUCGCACGCUCGCAUUGGCGUACUCCGAACAGGCCGACGUCGACCCAUCGCACUACCAGACGGAGAGUACGGCAGACUACGCGCGCUUUGAGCGCGACUUGACUUUCGUGUCGCUGGUCGGUAUGCUCGACCCACCGCGCCCUGAGGUGCGCGAGGCAGUUGCGAACUGCAGGGCUGCUGGCAUCCGCGUUAUCUGCAUCACGGGCGACAACAAGCGCACGGCGGAGACGAUCUGCAGGCAAAUUGGCAUCUUUGGUGAUAACGAGGACCUGGAGGGCAAGAGCUACACCGGACGUGAACUCGAUGCACUCAGCCAAGAAGAGAAGCUUCAGGCAGUUAUGCGCGCAAGCUUGUUCAGUCGCACUGAGCCUGGACACAAGAGUCAGCUCGUUGAUCUACUGCAAAGCCAAGGAUUAGUUGUCGCUAUGACUGGUGACGGCGUCAAUGAUGCACCUGCGCUCAAGAAGGCUGAUAUCGGUGUUGCGAUGGGCAGUGGAACUGACGUCGCAAAGCUCGCGGCGGACAUGGUCCUCGCCGACUCCAACUUUGCAACUAUCGAGCAGGCUGUUGAGGAAGGGCGUCUGAUUUACAACAACACAAAGCAGUUCAUUCGCUACCUCAUCUCCUCGAACAUCGGUGAAGUAGUCAGUAUCUUCUUGACGGUCCUCUUGGGCAUGCCCGAGGCUCUCAUCCCGGUGCAACUUCUUUGGGUCAACCUCGUCACGGAUUCGCUCCCUGCGACUGCCCUCGGUUUCAACCCACCGGACCACAGCAUCAUGCGUACGCCGCCCCGUAACAGUCGUGAGCCCCUCGUCGGCAAGUGGCUUUUCUUCCGAUACAUGGUGAUCGGCACGUAUGUCGGCGUUGCGACAGUCGCUGGCUAUGCUUGGUGGUUCAUCUACUAUGAGGGCGGCCCGCAGAUUACUUUCUGGCAGCUGACGCACUUCCACCAGUGCAACCAGCUGUUCCCCAGUGUUGGGUGCGAGAUGUUCACGAACGUCAUGGCACAUCGCGCAACAACAAUGAGUCUCUCCAUCCUGGUGACCAUCGAGAUGUUCAACGCGAUGAAUUCACUCUCUGAGAACGAGAGCUUGCUCCGGCUGCCGGUGUGGAAAAACCCGUUCCUGGUUGGCGCCGUCGCGUUGAGUAUGGCGCUCCACUUUGCUAUUCUUUACAUCCCGUUCUUCACGACACUCUUUGCGAUCACUCCGCUCAACUGGACGGAAUGGAAGGCUGUAUUGUACUUCAGCGUGCCUGUCAUCUUAAUCGACGAGGUGCUGAAAUUUGUUACUGCGACUUUUGUUGCACCGCCGUCUAAAAUCAAGGUCGACUGAAGUAGAGACACUUGUUAGAGUGUAGUAGUUAGAUAGCUCGGGGAUGUAUCA